UCCGCAACACUAGAAUCAGCUGCCCGCUGCCGUCAUCUGUGGAUUCUCAACGUUCAAUAGCGUGAGUGAAGGAGGGACUGAAAAUGUUGGGACUGCAACGAUUUGCCGGCAGCAUUGCCAGCCAGCUGUACCGCCGGGCGGCCUACAACAGCAAUGUGCGGGCGGCAGGCUUUUCUCUGGCCACCAACGGCCUGGCGACGGAUGCAGUUGAGCCGGAAGCACGCACGCCGGCAUCUGAAACGUUGGCCAAAAAGCCCAAGGGUCAAAUGGUCGCUGCUGCCUUCGAGUCGCUGCGGAACGACAACCCUAAGGAUGAGAAGAAGGCGGGCGCCUCUAGUAACAUAGAUGACCGCAUAGUGAAUGCCAAGACAGUCAAUGGACUACUUGCAAUCACCGAGAACAACAGUGCCUUCUCUCGCAAGCAUGCCCUAAGGAUUGUCUCCAUUCUGGCCGAAUGGAGCAGCGUCGACCGGGUGAAGAUAUCAGAGUUCGAGAACGACACGAGGUUCCUGCGCAUCUGUCGCAUGCUGGGACGGACAAUUCCCAAGAAUAAUGGUGCCGCUACCAAUGGCAAAGCUUCCGGAGACAGCAGUCAAGCUGUCAAACGGAUCUCUGGCUUCCGCACGGACGAUCUGAACACGGUCUUGGGAGUAGCUGGCGAUGAUGAGGCGGCCAAGUUGAUUGCCAGCAUUAGUCUGCCGCAGAUGGUCAAGGUGAUGAGCACGCUGGCCCAGCGUAAGCGGCGCAGUACUCCCCUGCUGCGGUCCCUCGCAUUCAACAUUAGCAGCGCUGCAGAGACACUGGAUCUGAAGCAGUCGGCGGAUGUUCUCUAUGCCAUGUCCACGCUUAACUUCCAGGACUCGGUGCUGGGCGCCAAGGUGUGUGCGGAUGUGCAGGCAACGUUGCCAAAGAACGUGGAAAAGUCCGCCGUUGUGGGGUCCAUAAUCACCAGCCUGGGCAUUUUGCGGUACCGAGAUUUGGACAUCUUGGAAUCGCUGACGCAGUGGCUGCUUAAGAACAGUGAAAUCUGCCGCCCACAAGAUCUCAGCGCCUAUUUCCUCACAUCGGCCCUGUUGAACUUUAAGAGCGCCCAGCUGGAAGAUGUUAGCAGCAAGUUAGUGAAAUCCAUUGUGCGGGAGGACUUCACCAAGAAAUCGGAAUGGCUGAACUUUGUGUGGUCCCUCACAAUGCUGGGGCUAGUGGAACCCAGCCACCUGUCUUCGGUUUUAAGUGCGGAAUUCCUGGAGCAGUUGCAAAAGGACAAAGCCGGUGUCACACCAACAUCCAAGAUGAGGCUACUCAACCUGAACAGCUAUGCGCAGCUCUUGGCCGUAGAUUACAAGGGGCCACUGCUUGCCGCCGACAGUCCUGCCUUCCAGGUGCCCAUGGCCCAUCCCAAGGCAAAGCAGGUGCUAGUCACUGGCAUGCUGGAUGCCCUCAAAAGUCUGCUUCCGGCCAGUAAUCAUGUUCAGAGCUUAGUGGACAGUAAAAUGGGUUUUCUCAUAGAUGCACUAUGCCACUUUGAUGCUAACAGAAACCCCCUGCCUCUGGAUAAGGAGAAUCCCAACACCAUUAGGGUGGCGCUAAUGGUCAUCGAUUUCCACGACAUUUGCCACGGAACGCAUCGCAGCGCAAGCGGCGUUACGAACCUGACGUUUGAUCUGCUGGAGAAGAGUGGUUACCAUGUUAUCCCCAUACCCUAUAAUGAGUUCAGCACCAGUGACAAAUUACUGAAACGCGUUCAGUAUCUGGAGGCAAAGUUCAAGGCGAUUGCAAGUGGCAAAUAAUUGCCGUUGUAGUUUAUAUAUUUUCCUUGUAAUGUUUGAUAAACAUUUGAAUUGUUUAAAUUUUGUAAAUGUAAAAUUAGGCGCUGAAUUACAUGCUAAACCCAAA